AUGAAUUCUGUUUUUAAGCUGACACCCCAGGAGAGGUCUGAGCUAGAGGAUCUCCAGAAUAUUUACUCUAUUAUUCGUACUCUUGAUGCCCUAGAGUCUGAAUUCGCAAGAGGAAAGGUCAAAGGAGAUGAGUAUCAGGACCUUUGUACACAAUACAUCCAACAAUUUGAUACCACAGUAGAGAAUUUAGAAAAUUUCCCAGGCUUAGAGACUUUUGUUGCCAUGUAUAACCUUACACAGUGUAAGAAUGCGGUGAAGAGAUUGAAAGAGAAAUCUGCAGGAUAUGUAGGUGGUAAAAUUGGCAAGGAUCAAGCUGUCAAUGCUUUCAGACUUGGUACUCAAGUCGUCAACCUCACUGAUUACAUCGACUUGGAUGAGGUUUCUGUCGAAGAAAUAUUACCAAGGAUUAGAGAUAUUCAAAACCUUAUGAGAGCUACUUCUUCAAUCACCAAGGAAGAUUCUGUGGUUUCUAAAAUUAAUAACUGGGUAGAUAUUCUCAAGGAGAAGAGUGCCACAGAUAGUUUAGACAAAGAAGAGAAUGAGCUCAGAUCAGCUGUAGAAAGAAAUAUGCAGUAAUUGAACAACUCCAUGUAAAUG